CCCAUUGCCAGUAUAACAGCUAAUGUUCUAUGCAGUGCUUAUUUGUAUUCCCUACAGUUGUGCUCUGCAUCAGGGUUAAAAGUCAUAUUUAUAUAUUCAUUAAUGGACUUUUUCUUUCAGAGUGACGUUGUACUCUGAGUUCCUCCUGAUGAAGUCAAGGACCACCUGCAUUAUGCUGAUUGAGAUAUUCCGGGGCCUUGGCGCUGUUCGAGGUCCUUCUGGCCAUCUGGAUCAUGCCUACCAUUGGCUGGCCUGGCUGCUUGGCCUGUCUACAGCACCCCUGCUGAGCUUUGUUACCUUCUGUUUUGUAAGUAUUGCUACACUGAGACCUGCUGUAUCUGUGGUUCUGAAACAAAAUGGUUGAAAUGCAUCACUGAGGUGCAUGUUACUGAACACAUAGGUAGUGGAUGAAGGGUGUUUCAGUAUAUGCAUGUGUAAAUGUCUGUGUUCAUGUGUGUGUCUGUGUGUGAUACUGUGGCUGCCCAAGAGUGCCUGCUUCCAUGUGCUUUCGGGAAAUUGCUAUGAACUCGUUAAGACGCAUCGCUGCUGACAACAGGAAAACCAUGCCCCAUGGUGAACUUAUUGCCAAUAAACAGGAGGAUCGUGGUAGGAUCCAAGAUCUCUUAACUCCUCAUUAUCGCAGAAGCACUAUUCUCCUGUGGUUUAUAUGGUUUGCCAAUGCCUUCUCCUACCAUGGCCUGGUCCUCCUGACCACUGAGCUAUUCCAGGCAGGAGAUGCAUGUAGUGUCAUCACACAAGCUGCCAAGAUUGAGCCAAAGUGCAACCUGGAAUGCAACUACUUGACGUUCGACGACGACAAAAACCUACUGUGAACCACCUCAUAAAAGAGUUUUUGUGACGUUGUUUGUGAUCAAUCGGAUUGGCAGGAAGAAAAGCAUGGCGAUGUGCAUUCUGCCCCUGUACUCUUGUAUUGGGAGGUAAGUGCUCUCUUCACCUUGGCCAGGUCUGAGAUUUGAGAACUGUGGUAAUCAAGGGCCUUAACUCUUAACUGACUCAGUUAACCCCUGAUUGGCUGUAGAGACUACUCCCUUCUUCAUUCCUGUUCUGCUGGCAUUUCUCAUACUCUCUCUCGCUACAGGGUUGCUCUCACAGUCUUCAUCGCCAGAGCCUUCAUCACUGGGGGAUUCCAAGUUGCUUUUAUCUGCACACCUGAAUUAAGCAUAUUUACAUUUUUCCAUCAGUAGAUACUUGACAUCUAAAAUCUCAGCUACUGCUGUUGAGGACAUGAGGACAUUUUGAAUAAACUAUUCUUUCUUUAGGUAUAUCCCACAGCCACCACAGGUAUGGGGAUCAGGACCUGCAGUAGGAUGGCCAAGGUGCCACUCACGAAGUCUGUGUAUCUGACACUGUCCGUGUACCGCAUCUGUUGCCUGCUGGACACAGGAGCGUCCGUGCUGUUGCCCAUUGAGACAACAGGCCUGGGCCUGCAGGAGACUAGUCAAAUCACAGCCGGUCAGGAGAAGACCACGAGCCAGACGUCAACACAUGCCAGCUAUGGAUCAACCUAGAACAGCUGAUGAGGACUAUAGGGGUCAAUCUAGGCGCAUCUUGGCCCAGAGCAACGCGCCUUCCUUCCCCCCAUUCAAAGGUCUCCUCUCCUCCGUAGCAGUAGCCAGCCAUGGCCCUGGUAACCCUACAGCGCUCUCCCACCCCGAGCGCAGCAUCCACCGCCAGCACCAACGCGGGGGAGGAAUUAGGGCGUGAUGAUGACCGGAGAGCAAAUCAGAGCCUCAGUGAGAGCUUCUUCAUGGUCAAAGGAGCUGCCCUCUUCCUGCAACAGGGCACCAAUGCACAGGGACCCAAGACCCCUACACACCACAAACAUGCAGGUGACUUACCUCGACACCUGCAGGUCAUGAUUAACACCCUCCGCUCUGAGGACCGCAUUAAACUGGCUGUACGGUUAGAGAGUGGUUGGUCUGACCGCGUGCGGUACAUGGUUGUGGUCUACACCAGUGGUCGACAGGACACAGAGGAGAAUAUCCUGCUAGGGAUGGACUUCACCGAUAAGGACAGUAAAAGCUGCUCUAUCGGGAUGGUGCUACCGCUAUGGAGCGAUACGAAGAUCCAUUUAGAUGGAGAUGGGGGAUUUAGUGUGACCACAGGAGGACGAUCACAUGUCUUCAAGCCUGUUUCUGUGCAGGCCAUGUGGUCUGCCCUGCAGAUCCUCCAUAAGGCAAGCGAUGUGUCUCGCAGGCACAACUACUUCCCCGGGGGCAUGGCCCUCACCUGGAUGGGCUUCUAUGAGAGCUGUAUCACCUCCGAGCAGAGCUGCAUCAACGAGUGGAACACUAUGACCGACCUGGAGACCAUGCGGCCCGACUCACCUGCCAUGUUCGUCGACCGGCCAACGGAGAGAGAGAGAACGGAGUGUGCAAUCAAAGCCAAACUGCGCAGCAUCAUGAUGUUCCGGGACCUGGAGAAUGUCACUUCCAAGGAGAUCCGUGUGGAGCUAGAGCAGCAUAUGAGCUGUAACCUGAAUGAGUACAAAGAGUUCCUCGACAAUGAGAUGCUGCUGAUCCUGGGUCAGAUGGACAAAGCCACACUCAUCUUUGACCACCUCUACCUGGGCUCUGAGUGGAAUGCCUCCAAUCUAGAGGAACUACGGGACUGUGGUGUGGGCUACAUCCUCAAUGUGACCAGGGAAAUAGACAACUUCUUCCAGGGCACGUUCUCCUACCACAAUAUCCGGGUGUUUGAUGAGGAGGCCACAGACCUGCUGGCCCACUGGAACGAGACCUACAACUUCAUCGUCAGAGCCAAGAAGAACCAGUCUAAGUGUCUGGUCCACUGUAAGAUGGGUGUGAGCCGGUCAGCCUCCACAGUCAUAGCGUAUGCCAUGAAGGAGUAUGGCUGGACUCUGGAGAAGGCCUACAACUUUGUGAAGCAGAAGAGGAGCAUUGCUCGGCCCAACGCUGGCUUUAUGAAGCAGCUGGCCGAGUACGAGGGCAUCCUGGACGCUAGUAAACAGCGCCACAACAAGCUGUGGAGGCCCGAGGGAGGGGAGGACAUCCCAGAUGAGGCGUCUGGCCAGUGUUGUGGUGGAGAGGAUACCCCCGUGGAGGAUGAGGCCUGGGGGGGAGAGGGCUGCAGCGCCUCCCCCUGCCGGGGCCUGGAGGUGGACGCCCUGGACCCUCUCAACUACAAUUACUACUUCAGACGGCUGUCGGACACGGCCCUGGACAGCGAGCCCUCCACCCCAGUGCGCGGCCCUCCCCUGCUGGGCAUGGAAAGGGUGUUCAUCGAGAUCGAGGAUGUGGAGAGGGACGCCCUUCUGGAGGAUGAGGGCUUCCCAAUGGCCCAACUGGCUUUGCCUGGGGAGGCCACUGCCGCCCAGACCUGUGGGGGCCGCCUGGAGCCCCUGGAGGACAUGAGGCUACGCCUGGAGUUCAGCACGGUGGAGGAGGAGGACGAGGAGGAGGCUCAGAAGGAGGAGGCGGAGAUGGCCGCCCUGGCCCGGACACCUGCAGGAGGAGAGGGAGUGACGGAGGACGAGGAGAGGAAGGAUCAGGCCAACGUAAACCGCUUCAACAAUGAGAACGCCAACAACAGUAACCGCCUGGCUGCCAAGCGCAGCUGCCCCGCUGCCUUCGACGACAGUGCUAGCACAGGAAACCCUUACAAAGUGAAGCCCUCCUACCAGUCCUGUAAAGACUGCCUGCGUCUGCCACCAGGGCGGCGCUGUGAGCGCCCGGCAGGAGGCCGCAACCACCGCCUUAACCCCACACGCCACUGCGGGGUGGUCCCCACUAUCUCCAUAGACCCCCCUGGCACCCACUUCACCAACACUCCCACCCCCCACUCCCCCUGUGCCCUCCCUGCCACCAUUGCCCGCCUGGAGGCCUACCGCCAGCGGCUGGUGUCGCCCAUGAGCUGCGAGGAGCUGCCUCGAGACAGACACUGCUCCCUGGAAACGGAGGACAUGGACGAGCUGCAGGAGGAAGAGGAGGAAGAACAGGAACCAAAGCCAGGGAGGGAGGCGGGGACUGGAGCCAUCACAGAGCUCACGUUUAUGAAGCUCAGCUUGGAGGGGGAGAGGCCAGCGGGUCAGCCUCCUGGUGUGGAGUUGCAGCCUGCUGGGGUGGAGGUGGACCCUCCUAGUGGUGGAGUGGAGCCACAGCAGGAGCAGGAGGCCCUGGCCCAGCUACAGAGGACAGGGCUGGAGCUGGGGCUGGUGAGGCAGGGCGCGGAACAGCUGGAGAGGAUCUCAGGACUGGCCAUGGAAGGUCCACUCUCAGGGGCUGGGCUGUCUGAGCAGAUGGACCUGAGCUUGGCGGUGGAGGAGAUGGAGGUGGAGGGGGAUGUAAGGGUGCAUUCUGAAUCCCACAUCCCUUCUACCAGCUGUGUGGUCACAGCCGCAGACCCCCAGAUGAACACCACCCCAGUGUCGUACCCCCAGUGGUCCACCCAGACUUCGACCCCUGUGUCCUCCCCCCAUGGCUCCACCCUCACCCGGAGCUUCAGCAGCGUCAGCCUCCACAGCAACUGCGGGGGACGCCCAGGCCUGGUCAGGCCACGCACCCAGGAGAUGGAGACCCGCAUGAGGCUGGCCGGCCUGACCGUCCCCUCCCUGUUCAAACGCUCCAGCUCCCUGGCCAAACUGGGAGGCCUCACCUUCUCCACCGAGGACCUCUCAGACAUGGCUGAUGAUCAGGCCCAGCUGUUCUCCACCGUGCCCCCAGCCCUCUGAGCCCCCAUCCACCCCCUGGAGCUGACUGUGUUUCCAGUGUCUCUCCUCCAGACAGGUUCCAUGUGUCUAAACCACCUGACCGUGUAAGAGCAGUUUGAAGGAGCAGGGAGAAAUCUGCCAGGUGUCCUGGAGACAUGCCUGAGACAUAUUAGCAACAUGUUGGCUGGAAGAAAGAAAAAUAAUUAAAGAUUUCCUAUUAUAGACUGAGUGUACAAAACAUUAAGAACACCUUCCUAAUAUUGAGUUGGACCCCCCUUCCCCUUUUGCCCUCAGAACAGCCUCAAUUCGAUGGGGCAUGACUCUACAAGGUGUCAAAAACAUUCCACAGGGAUGCUGGCCCAUGUUGAUUCCAAUGCUUCUCACAGUUGUGUUAAGUUGGCUGGAUGUCCUUUCGGUGGUGGACCAUUUUUGAUGCACACAGGAAACUGUUGGGCGUGAAAAACCCAGCUACUACCAUACCCUGCCAAACUAAAAAGCCAAACUUUUUUUUAUUUUUAGGGGAAUCUUUUGUCUUGCCCAUUCACCCUCUGAAUGGCACACAUACACAAUCCAUGUCUCAAUUGUCUCAAGGCUUAAAAAUCCUUCUUUAACCUGUCUCCUCUCCUUCAUCUACACUGAGUGAAGUGGAUUUAACAGGUGACAUCAAUAAGGGAUCAUAGCUUUCAGCUGGUCAGUCUGUCAUGGAAAGAGCAGGUGUUCCUAAUGUUUCGUACAGUCAGUGUACAUGUACUGUCUGUUUAUCAAUCCAAAUAAGAGAUGCUAUUGGAGAAGAGCCACUCGAAAGAACUCAAUGAAUGUGUGCAACUAAGCCUCUGUUUUGAUUCAUUCAGCGUCUCAUGUGCCCCUGAGCAUCUCAUGCCCCUGAGCAUCUCAUGCCCCUGAGCAUCUCGUGCCCCUGAGCAGACUGACUGUUGAAGAUUGAAUCCUCAUUUUCUGUAUAUUCCUCCCUUGUUACAAGCUGUUUUUGUGUCACCGAACAACAACUUCAUCAUAUGAGCAGCUUCCUGCCUCUUCAAGCAAAGCAGGGUACCUCAGUCAGAAGAUAAGCAUCUCAAGACUAUUUUGGUCCAAUACUGUUUUUGUUGCCUUGCCUCUCUCCUCAAUGACUGGCUCAGCCAGCCCUCCUCCAUUGAGGUACUUAAUGUAAUAAUGUCUUGAAGUGGUCAAAAGUCCAUUCAUAACGGUCUAGUGUUACGCAAGCUGUCCUCAUUGUCACAACUAGAGCUUCCUCAUGGGGAGCAGAGCAGUAGACUGACUGGACUUAUCACACAUGCUAUGGAUGAUGGGAAGAAACAGAAAAAAUAUUGAAAUUCUCUUCUGGAUUCAUUUCUGUUUCUUUGAGGUAGUUUAGAGGGAGCAUAUACACUUUGGUUUGGUUUAGUUUAGCCACAGCUGAACUUUCACCACUUCUGUGCAAUGUUAAUAGGUACAGUACUUCAAUGAUCUGAUUAAGAACUCAUCAUGUUUGAUAGGAUUUGUGGGCAACUGAAAGAGUUCAAAUGGUUUUGGGACUGGAUUUUACAACACUCCAUUAAUCUACUGUAGCACUGAUAAUCCUCUGCUGCCCCCCUCGUAGACCAGCUGUAGUCAAAGCCAUAAUGUGUCUGACACCAUGCCUUUAUCCAUCGUCCCUGCAUCACUCCCAAAAGGCAAUCAAAUACAGUAGGUUGAUUUUUCUGGCUGUUUAGUUUUGGCAUCAACAUGCUAGUACAUACUCUCCUCCCCUUCUUGUUCACACCUUUGUGGUACUGUAGAUGUAGAGGCUUUGUUAACCGGCUUUAUUCAACUGUCUAUUGCCCACAGUAACAGAGUAACAUUAGACUACCUUUCUUUGUACUGCUAAAAAAGACUAAUCUGUUGAUCUGCAUAAGCUACACAAGACAACACCUUUGACACUCUGAAGGCCCAGGCACAAACCUGGUACUAUGAAGUGGCCACUGAGUCGUUGCUAUACAUUGAAGCAGAACAACUGUUUGAAUUGCUUGUUUUUGCUCUCCCAUUUAGUGCCAGACCUGGGAGUGUCCCAGCAGUGUCUAUGAUGGCUACAGCAAAGCCUAAUGUGAUUUAGCUGGAGCUGUUUGUGGCAGAAAGAAAGAAGCAGCUUUUCUCAGCCUUUUCCAUUCGUAUGGCAACGCUAUUAGCCAAACUAGGAAGUUGGGACAAAAACAAGCUGAGGCGUCGGAACAGACUAUUAUCUAUAGUUGCUUAGAAAGGGGUUACAAUUCUGGUUUCUGUGGCAGUCUGUAGAGAGAAUUUCACUAGCCACUAGGAAUUGUUUUGUUUACAGCAGACAUGAGCAACUUCCAAAGCUGUUAUAGAGCCACAGUAUGACUGGGGCCACUGCCAUCAUCCCACAUGUUGUAUCACCAAUGUAACAUUCAUUUAUCUUCCUUAUUUAUGAUUUAGAGUAUUUAUUUGUACAUGUUUUAAUUAUAUAAUCUAUUAUGCAGUUGGCUGAGUUCUUUGUGGCCAGCCUAAGCUUAAUUGGCCACACGGGUGUUAUUAUGCUUUGAAGUUGUGUGUUGUCUGUUUUAACUGCUGCAUUUGGCAUGUUGAGUGUGAAAGGAUAAUGUGUGAUGGCAGUGUGUGUGCAGGCGCAUGCAAAUAUCUCAAUUUUAUUACCACCAUGGUUGUAUUAUGAGUGUGAUGGGAAAGGUGUCUGUGAAAUGAGUGCAAAAUAACUUACUCCUUGAACUAUAAGUCAUUGUCACUGAUGCAAUGGCCUAUACUAUACAUCAUGUAGACUGGAUUGCUCUUGAGUUGGGAUAACAAAGAAAAUGAAAAUCGCUCUUAAUCAGCUGAAUAUCGCGGCAUGUGUUACAUUAGUAACUUUUGUUAGUGUUUGUUACGCCGAGGUACUGGUCAAAGCAAUUUGCAAUUAAUUUAGGUUCAAGUCACAAUAAUGGCUUGGGUUCUGUGGUCAGUGAACACUGGCUGUGUUUAGACAGGCAGCCCAGUUCAGAAUUCUAUCUUUUUUUCUCACUUAUUGGUCUUUUGACCAAUCACGUCAGAUAUAUUUUUGAGAGCUAAUUCUUUUGACCAAUUAGUAAAAAAGAGAUCAGAAUUGGGUUACUUGUUUGAACGCAGCCCUUGUGGCUUUUGAGUUAUUGCACUGGAUGAAUUUCCCUGUGUUCACUGGUGGGUUUUCAAUGAUCAAAAAGAUUCCCUUAGAGGUAAUACAAUUAUUUGAAUGGGAUAGGGAUUUGUCCCAAACUGACCCCUGUCCCUUCACUUUUAAUCCAGUUCAGCCUAGUCUACCACUUGUGGUUAGUGUGGUCACCAUUUAGGCGUGAUCAUUUGGUGCGCUUUAUUCAAGCCUACUGUUAUACUACCUUCAUGUGGCUGUUAUAAUCUUGAUGUCAUUUAUGACAUAAUGGGUUAUAAAAGUUUACAGAAUAUCCUAUAAUAUUAUAAAGAGUGGAAUUUGAUCUUGAAAGUUCAACUUUUUAUUUCAUGUUACUGUGAUGGGGUUAUGAUGAUUAUUAUAGAAGUUAUGUUUGGUUAGCCAGUUGUGCUCAGCUUUAGGCCAUGCUCAUAGCAGUGAACAGUAGUCUAUGUGGUGGAUUUAAGUGCUGUCAAAAUGAGCGUCUUCACCAAAUGCUCCAUCACCACUGAUGCUAUGCUUAAAGCUACUGCACUAGGUUUGAUUGUUUGCAUCAUUUGUUUUUGAGUGUUUUAUAUUUCUACAUAAGUGCCUUAACCCUGGCCUUAGCUCUGGCUGGCCUAGCUACAUUGCAGGCUUAACCCUGGCCUUAGCUCUGGCUGGCCUAGCUACAUUGCAGGCUUAACCCUGGCCUUAGCCCUGGCUGGCCUAGCUACAUUGCAGGCUUAACCCUGGCCUUAGCUCUGGCUGGCCUAGCUACAUUGCAGGCUUAACCCGGCCUUAGCCCUGGCUGGCCUAGCUACAUUGCAGGCUUAACCCUGGCCUUAGCUCUGGCUGGCCUAGCUACAUUGCAGGCUUAACCCUGGCCUUAGCUCUGGCUGGCCUAGCUACAUUGCAGGCUUAACCCUGGCCUUAGCUCUGGCUGGCCUCGCUGCAUUGCAGGCUUAACCCUGGCCUUAGCUCUGGCUGGCCUCGCUGCAUCGCAGGCUUUGCAUAGUCAUUGAGAAUGGAAAGGCCACUUGCCCUCUGCCCCCAAAAUAAUAAUCCUGUUGCCCCUUGUAAGUGACUUCUUGGCUUACACAAACCCACAACGUACACAUGUUCACACACAAGCUCUCACUCCCACAUGUGCAUAUGCUUGACAAGCUCAUCAGUUGCUAGGGUGAUCUAUUAUUGAAACCAAAGUCUGAGGGGUUUAUUUGGACAAAUAGGCACAGAACCAAGUCUUAUCUACAUUGCCAGGCAUCUUAGGGUUCACCUGCCCUUACUGACAAUCCUUUAACUGGUCAAUGCUUUGAGAGAAAUGGAGAAAGCUGGAUAUGGAGACAUAGGAAGAGGGGGAUACUUACAGCAGUUCAUGUCAAGAGUACAAAUUGCCAUCUUUCCUUGAUGUUCACCCCUUACAAUAAGAUGUUUUUGCAUAUAAGGCAUGAAUGAGUGAAAACGCCUAAAACAUACAUAAUCAACUUGAGUGAAUUUUUUUGUUGUACAUAAUUUAAUUUUUUUAAGCUGUGUCUUAUUGUUUGCACUGGCUGUGUUGUGUGAUGCCCUUCUUUUUCUUCUUUUUCUACAUUUUGUUAAGGAUGUCCAGUCAAUGUGUAUCAUGAAAAUAAAUAAUUUCCUCUCUUUU